UUUUGGCCAGUUUUCAGUUUCACAUUCAGCUGCAGCCUAUAGGUGGUAUCGUCACAUUUUGCCCAACUUGCACCUAAGAUGAAACACAGAUGUAGAGAAGUGUUGGACAUGGUUAGACAGUAAUAAAAUGUUGCCAAUUUCUAUGUAAAACUGCGCAGGGUCGAUGAGCAUGGAUUACUUUCAGGCCUACAUCUAUUCUUCGGCUAUUGACAACCUCUCCCUUUUCAGUUUGCAUGACUGGAGCUCUCACUAGCGCUGCUAGUGGACAAUCAAACCUACACACCCACCCCUAGACACACUCGCAUUUCUCAUUUCUUACUUCUAGUCUAAAUUAGAUAGCAAGGCGUAGUGUCGGAGCUCACAGAUCGCAUAGAAUUAGUUUGAAGUAUUAGCGGUAGUUAAACAGUAAAUCUGAAAUUCAACAUGGAGUCCCCUCCAGAUCCAGCGAGCGACCCGGGCAACAGCGCCUCGGAGCCGGCUACCCCGGUCAGGGAAACCCCGGUAAACCUGGAGACGCUCCGGAAAGCGGACCAUCCAGCCCCGGUUCGAAGGCAGACCUGCUCAAGCACCAACAGAGGUAUUUCAGUAACAAAGAAGACACAUACCUCUCAAAUCGAAAUAAUUCCCUGCAAGAUCUGUGGAGACAAAUCAUCAGGCAUCCAUUACGGCGUGAUAACAUGUGAAGGAUGUAAGGGCUUCUUCAGGAGGAGUCAGCAGAGCAAUGCAGCCUACUCCUGCCCCCGUCAGAAGAACUGCCUGAUCGACCGCACCAGCCGCAACCGCUGCCAGCACUGCCGGCUGCAGAAGUGCCUGGCAGUGGGCAUGUCACGAGAUGCGGUGAAGUUUGGCCGCAUGUCGAAGAAGCAGCGAGACAGCCUGUAUGCCGAGGUCCAGAAGCACCGGCUGCAGCAGCAACAGCGUGACCACCAACAACAGCCUGGGGAGGCGGAGCCACUCACACCUAGCUAUGGCCUGUCAGCCAAUGGCCUCACAGAGCUCCAUGACGACCUCAGCGGCUACAUGGACGGUCACACCCCAGAUGGCAGCAAACCAGACUCUGCGGUCAGCAGCUUCUACCUGGACAUCCAGCCAUCUCCUGACCAGUCAGGCCUGGACAUCAACGGCAUCAAGCCGGAGCCCAUCUGCGACUUUGCCCCCGGCUCUGGCUUCUUCCCUUACUGCUCCUUCACCAACGGAGAAACCUCCCCCACCGUGUCCAUGGCUGAACUAGAGCACCUGGCCCAGAACAUCUCCAAGUCACACAUGGAGACAUGUCAGUACCUGAGGGAGGAGCUGCAGCAGAUGACCUGGCAGGCCUUCCUGCAGGAAGAGGUGGAGAGCUACCAGAACAAGCCCCGGGAAGUCAUGUGGCAGCUGUGUGCUAUCAAAAUAACAGAGGCCAUUCAGUAUGUGGUGGAGUUCGCCAAGCGCAUCGACGGCUUCAUGGAGCUGUGUCAGAACGAUCAGAUAGUGCUGCUGAAAGCAGGCUCUUUGGAAGUUGUGUUUGUCAGAAUGUGCCGUGCCUUUGACUCGCAAAACAACACAGUCUAUUUUGAUGGAAAAUAUGCCGGACCUGAUGUGUUCAAGUCAUUAGGCUGUGACGACUUGAUCAGCUCCGUCUUCGAGUUUGGGAAAAACUUGUGUUCUAUGCACCUGUCUGAGGAUGAGAUCGCCCUGUUCUCCGCCUUUGUGUUGAUGUCUGCUGACCGGUCCUGGCUGCAGGAGAAGGUGAAGGUGGAGAAACUCCAGCAGAAGAUCCAACUGGCCCUCCAGCACGUCCUGCAGAAGAACCACAGAGAGGAUGGUAUACUUACAAAGUUGAUAUGCAAAGUGUCGACACUGCGAGCGCUGUGCAGUAGGCAUACAGAGAAGCUUACAGCUUUCAAAGCAAUAUACCCAGACAUUGUGCGUGCCCACUUCCCCCCCUUAUACAAGGAGUUGUUCGGAUCAGACUUUGAGCAGUCCAUGCCCGUUGACGGGUAGCAGCCCUGCCAGGUGCCAGUGUGCCCACCGUAGGGGAAUGUGGAGGAGGAAUCUGAGACACUUUAUUGGUGCCCUGCACAAACCAGAGCGGACAGAUGGCACGCUGUUCAACUUCUUCUUUUGCAUUGGAGGGGAGGGCUUAGGGAGUUGAUUCUCAAGGUUUACUUUAUUGAAUUUAGUUCUCUUUGGAAGACUUGUGGGACCCGACACCCCAUGGGACAUGAAGAGGAGAUAGGGACAAAUAAUUUCUGUCUGGUUGAAUUUGACCUUUUUAUGCGCAUUUCUAACAUGGAACUUGAGAGUCAUUACGAUCAUUCAUUCAUUUUCACCAAUAUUUAUUGAAUCACUAUUAUGAUGAUUUAUCUGUGCAUCUGACUUGUAAUCAUAUAAACAAUUAAUGUGACACUAUUGGCGUUAAAAUAGCUGAAGACAUCUUCAGUAGAUAAAUUAAGAUGAUAAUGAAGAUGAAUCAACAUCAGUAUUAUUUUUCAGAUUACACUCCCGAAACUGUUUUUUAGUAUUUUCAUAUUCAACACUUCAAAUAGUCCUGUCCCUAUCCCGAAAUAAAAAGCGGAUAAAUGCGCACACUUUGGUCAAGUUCAGCCGUUUUUCUCUUGUGUUCAGUCGUAUCUUUUGGACGCAGUGCUUGGAAUGAAAACUCACAGCAACUUUAAGGGAGGCGCCGUCGGCAUGGUGAUGCAAUCGGUACCUCUCUAUGGACAAUCGUUUAAAAAGAAAAAAAAAAAAGAAACAUAGAAUUCUGGUAAUUCUAAUGAAACCGCAAUGAUUUUAGCUGUCAAAGACUCCAUCCACCAUUGUUGCAUAGUGAAAUCAUGUAAGGCCAUCUGCUAUUAAUCCUUCUCUGGACAGGUGCCCUGGAGAAGCACAGGGCACCAACACAAUGAAAAGGGUCCAUUCCACCUGUUUUAUAAUGUACUACAGGGUAUAUGGUCAUAAGUACUUACUAUACAGAAAAAAGUAAUGUUUAUAGAAUCUAUUUUAAAUAACAUGUAUGAUAUUAGUAGUUAGACCAUUCUUAAUUGUUGAAUUGAUAAGGCACUUUUAUUUACACCUUUCUUUAAUUUAAGACGUGUAUAUUUACCUAGUGAUGUGUUGCAUGUGCACAAGAAAUACAAGUUGAACCAUGGUCAUAGAGGCGGGUCCUGGGAGCAACAGAUGAUACUGGUCUAGAAGUUGUUAGGGCUGUCUGGUAGGAUGGCUGGCGUGGCUGCUCGCCGGUUAACAAAGAGGCAUGUAUGAGAAGGCAGGUUAGAGACACUCUAAUCACCUGUUAGCUCAACAACUGCCUGACAACACCUGUCAAAAUGUAGCUCUGAUACUUCUUUUAGAGAAUAUAUGCACACGUACAGUAAAGGUAAUGUUACAGUGUCAAGGCUUUCCUGUUCAGUGUUAUGAACAGAUGUGGAUUGAACAGCAUUUAAAACAUAAGUAAAACAGAGGUAUGGUGAGACAUUUGCAACACAAUGGUUUUCAUAUUCUUUCAUAUUAUUUUCUAAAUAUUUGGUCCUCAUUUUAUUGGGAAAUGGUCAUUUAUUAAAAAACAUAAAAAUAAAACAUAAAAUCAGCCAGGUCUAGCAAAUCAAUAUCAAAUAUUCUUGUGGUUGGACUGGAACGAUCACACAUUGACUGUAAUCCAAUUGUUCCAUCUAGUGGAAGCUAAAGAUACAGCAAGCUAGUUAACAGCCUGAUGACAAAGAUACGUUGUCUAACCUAAAAGCACAUUUACAAGCUUCUCUCAGAAGGUUAUGAGUAUUUGUUUGUUUUUGUUUUUUUGGGUGGGGGUGGGGGGGGGGGGGGGGGGGGUUUGUAGUUGUUUUUGAGUGGCUUUGUCUGCCUUCUCACCACAGCCUCCGCCCGGCAGCACCGCAACAGGACACAGAGGAAACAGUGAAGGGAAAGUGAAUAUUCAAAGCCUUGUCUGGUAGUAAAGCUUCUAUUUUUGUAACAUGUUUUGGUUAAUAAACUCAUGAAAGAGAACGAGGGAGAGAAAAAGAUGUCAGGUAGCACUUAACUAUAUUCCUGCAAUAAUUAGACUAGCUGUUGUUUGUAUGAUUAGGGGAGAAACAUAAAAAUGGUAGGACAAGUGCUAUUUUCAGAAUGCUUUGUUGUCGUGCUUCUGUUUUGUUGAGUGUGUCUUUCUUGUCAGUGUGGUAGUAAAGUGGUAGAAAAAACCCUGGAUGUGCCAAACAGUAGUCGUUGCUUCCGCUUUCCAGUCUACUCGUCUGUAAUGUAGAACGGAUUCCUAAGACAUUCCAGCAAUCUCAGUAGCGGCUUCUAGGAAUAUCUUAAAAAAAAAAAAAGAAGAAAAAAAAGAAAAAAAUGAUAUCCCUUUAGAAAUCCAACAAUCCAACAAAGCAUGUUAACACAUCUGUCACCAACAUAGAAUCCAGUUGUUUGUCUUUUGUUUUCUGUUUGCACACUAUCAUUCCUCUGCCGUGCAAUUUGUACAAGGCGUUAAUGCCUUGUGCUGUCACCCCUCAGGGAAGAGUUUCUUCUGCGCUUUCAGUUAGAGAGGACAUUUGUUUGUACUCAUUAGGUUUAGUUUCUUAUGUUGGUUUUUUUUUUUGUUUUUUUUGUUCAGGGAUGUGUCCAUGAGAGGUGGUUGAGAUUAACAUUUGAAUAUUCAUCACUGAGUUGUUCAGAAUUUUACAUUCUUGAUGGGGCCUCCAGCCACUCAAAGACCACUGCGCCCCUAUGGUCAAGUUUAAAUAGAGAAAAAAAAAAAAAAAUCUCAUUUGUAAAACCAACAAAGCCCAUCCCUUUUACAAACCACAGUUUUAUCAGUACACAGCAUAUUUAUCACACACACACACACAAAAAAAAAAAAAUCUGUUUUGGUUUCAAAUGGUGUCAUCAGGGUCUUUAAAAAUGAUAACCCUCUUUGUUAGAAAAACCAAAUAUUCUUAUGCAAUACUAAAUCUCUUGUGUUUGGGUUGUAGUAGAUAUGCUGUACCUAAGUAAUAAUCUCUGUUAUGAUCCAAUGCUAUUUGGAUAUGCACAAGCCCUCUACGACUAGUAAACCUCAGUCUCCCAGCAAAAGAAACCCAGUCUGGAACACUGCUAGACAAUCCAGGUUGAGAGGCCCAGAGGCCCUGCAAGAGCAGCGAGGAGGGUGAGGUGUGAAUGCUCAGGGAGGUAACAGGUAGACUGAAGAAGCAGCUCGCUUUCCUCUGGAUAGUUGCAGAGCAUUUCAUUAGCUCUUCUGUGAACUUAUUAGCACUCAAUUGAUAAAGAGGAGGUGGCUGAACUUUUUUGGCAUAGCACACUGAACAUGCAGUACAACACUUAACUGUUCAGAAAAUAAUGAAGAGUCGGACAUUUGGCUGAUUUCCUGUUAUUUAUUUGCAAAAAAAAAAAGAGAAAAAAAAGUUUGUUUCCUGAAAAUGAUUCAGUUUGAAUCUUGUUUGAUGGUCACAUAAAACAAUUCAGUAUUUCAUCAAAUAUGAUCAGCUAAGGUCUGCCGUCACAAAGUGAAAAUCUUAUUUUCAUUCAAGUCUAAAUAGUUGAGUGGCUUGUGAUAUGUUCGACAAUAUAAAACGAGCAAUAUGCCUUGUGUUACAAUUACGGGUCUCUACAGUGCAGUCAUCAUCCUUUUGAAUUGACCUUCUUCAUACAGCUGAUUCAAACUGAUAACAUUUCCUCUCAGUCCAGAACAAAAUGUAAUAAACCCCCAUUACUCUGUCUUCAUCUCCUUAUGUACUGGUAUGGUUGCGAUAUUGGCAAGAUAGCAGAAAAUGGUCAUCAAACACAUGAAUACUUGUGUCUAACUAUAAACUGCACCUUCACACAGGCCUGUAAAGUGAUGUCCUUCUGUAUAUUCUCACUUGAGAAAUCCCAAUUUAAAUAAGGGAUUGAUGCUAAGUGUGCUAUUCAAUCAGUGUAUAGUAUACAGUAAAAUGUGCUGGUCCUUCUGUCUCUGCUCUGUUGUCUGUUUGUAAAAAGCAAUAGUGUGUGUGUGUGUGCGCGUGUGUGUAUGUAUUUGUUCUCACGGUGUGUGAAUAAAAUAAACCCCAGACAAGGCUUUAAUAAUUACAGAGGAACAGGGUUAUGCGGAUGAGGUGGUCUUGAUUUUAUGUUGGACUUGUUUUUUUGUUUUUUUUUUUUAAAUAAAGGUUUUGGAAAUGCUGAGCUUGAUCCAUCCAUAAUAGGUGUAGGUUUCAAAAGCAUGACAUAAUGCCUUCAACAAUUCAUUGGUCUGCAGAAUGCCGUGAAGCAACAUUGACCAGCUUCACGGCGAAAACACGCUUCGCCAUCAGCUCGGACAGCGCAGCCACAGCCGAGGCUGAAAUGAGCUGAAAUGAAUUCAGGACUGUAAAUUGUGAAAAAAUGAGUCUUUGUGACCAUAAAUUGUGAAGAUCAGUGUUAUGUCACGCUGAACGUUGUGCUGGAGUGUCGGUGUGUUACCCAGAAUUAUGAGUCAGUCAUCACAUUUUAACAGAACUCAUUUUCCAAAGCACAGCUGAUAAGGAUUUAUGAUUAAAAAAACGUUUAAGAAUAUAGUUUAAAAAAAAAUAAAAAUGAAAAGCAACUUUUAGCCAUAAUCGAAUGUCAAGCAAUAAUAUAUGUCUGUGUAUUAUUUUUGAUUCUUUUGUGCAUAAUAGUCUUUGAACAUCUGCAUGUAAAUACACCUCUUAUUUAUCACUUUUUGGUUUUUUGUUUUAUUUUGUGGAUGUUUUUAUGUUUCAUCUGUAUAUUUGACCAGUUCUGUUCCCAGGUGGAGAACUAAGAACUUGACAUGGCCUGUAUGCUGUAUAUCUUAUUUUCUCACUCUUUCUCUCUCCCUCAUUCUCGGCUGUUUAUUCACCAUAUUUAAUGUUAUUAUUGAUCACAUGUAUAAAGGUAGCUUUGUAACUUCUGUCUGUAUAGGUAAGAGGAAAAUACUGCUACUAAGGCCUACCCAGUGAAAAUAUUUAUCUGUUUAUCAAUUACACCAUAUUGUAUGAUAACUCUGUUUCUAGUUUGCUUCCCUCCUUUAGGAUUAGUUUGAUAGAGACAGGGUGUGCUGACAUUUAUUUUGUGUUGCCCUGAUGUGUGGUGCUAGGUAAGUUAAUUUUGUGAACAAAGUAUUGAUUCCUAAGCCUGGCUGCCCUCUUAGUACAUUCAUUUCAUUGCAUAUUAAUGUAUUAUUGAUAUUAGGACUCAAUAAAUGAUAAUAAUAAUGAAAAUGAUAGUGGUAAAAUUACCCAGCCAGUACCUGUAUCAGUGUGCUCGUCUUGGGGUAAGGCACUUAUUUCCUUCUGACUUAUAGCAAAGCUAGUAUCUGCUAAUUAACAAGCUAUUUAAGGUUGCUUUUCUGGUUUGUGGAAAAAUGAUAAUAUUCAAACUGAAACGGCAGUAUUGUGUUUUUUCUUUGUCUGAUUGUAAAAAACCACUCACUGAGGCUAUAGUUUGUCAGGUUUUAAGAUACUAAAUAUUUACCUCUCUUGUGUCGGCAUAGUUCUUCACCUGAUGCAGGGAAGUGGUGCUUGGAUUUCAUUAAACAGAGCCUCGGUAUGCUUUUGUUAUUCCCCAUUUUAGACUAGCCUGAAACAGUGGUUUCUUCAGACCAGUGGCAUAAGCCUUUUGCACCACAUGAAGUGUUACAAAUGUACAUGAAAGGAUUGCCAUUUGAGGACAAAGUUGACCUUUUCUCUCCACUCUGUAGCAAAUAUCAGUAAGAAUAUGCUUGCAAUAAUACACAACGUAUCACACUGAGUGCCUCUCGGUGUAACAAGAUGCAUACAUGGUUUUGAUUGUCUUUUUUUGUGGUUUUUCCAGACGUGUACUGAAGUGACAAUGUGUUUUUGUACAUGAGGAUGAAUUCUCACUCUCACAUGCUUCAAAUGUUUUUUCAGACUCUUUCUUUCUGUGUUGAUCAUUUUCACGUGGGUUGAUGCGCUAAGUUAAAAGGUUUUAAUGUAUAGACAGUCUGUUUAGAGUGUACAUGUCACCCCCCCCUCACCUUGUUUGAGAAACAUAAAUGGGAAGUUUGUUUCAUAAUGAUCUUGAAUGGUCAAAUAAAUGCUCGCAAAUAAUAUUACAGAAAAGUUCACCUGCACAUUGUUUGUUUCAACAAGGCAAAAACUAACAGGCAAUCCAUAUUUUCUUCAUUUUCAGUUUGUUUUAUAUCAAUUUUAUUUUUUAUUUCGCUGAGUACAGAAGAUUUACUAAUGCAUUGUAUAUCAAGUAUUUGUAUGUGUUUGUAUAAGAGGCAUACAACACAUUUGGGUUUCUUUAAUGUUCUGUGUUCAAUGUGCGCUCAGUCGGUCGGGGUAACUUAACAUGAAGGGUGGGUGGAGCAGGGGUGGAUUCGGAUUCUUUUUCCAUGCAAAAGCAGUUCAAAUUAUGGGAAAGCCGAAACUAGUGUGUGGUUGUCACAAAUUUCUAAGUCACACGUUUGCUACUGAUGUUAAAAUGGGGACAGAUGAUCAUGUACCUUUUUAUCCAGCUCUUUUGAACUCUCUUUAGCAGGUAGUCUAUUCACAAAUGUAGUUUUGCUCCUUCUUGUCUGAUUCUUAAAUAUGAAAAUAAGUAUUUUGAUUCAUUUUGUAAAUACAGCUGUAAAGAAAAAUAAGAAAUUUAAUGUUGUCUUUUAAAUACUUUUCAUUCUAAUAUGAAUGUUGUUAUAUUGUACUUAGAAACUGUACCUUUAAUAUUACCUUUAUUAAAAGUGCAUUGGACACAUCGAUUUUAGAUGUGCUUUAUGUGCUGUUAUCCCAUAAUAAAAUUUACCGCUUGUAAUGGGCUUUUA